ACCCCAAUAUUCUCUCCAACUUUUCAAAAUCGUGCCCCAAGAGAACUUCCUUCACUAUAUAUAUCAAUCUCCCUUCUGCUAGGUCUUCAUCUGAUAGCUUAACAAAUCACUCCAUCCAUCUUUGGCUAAACUUUUUAGCUUAUUUUAGAUUGUUAAUUUCAUAUGGGCCUGCUGCAUUUAAUUGUUUUUUGGCUACUAGGUUCUGCCUUAGAGGCCACGGUGUCUUGUGGUGCUGUCAAUUUCCAAGCACGAAUCCAAAGCGAAUGCAGCUUUACUAGAUUUCCAAGCCUGUGUCGGAAUACGUUGAUGGAGUUGAGGGAUCAUAGUACUGUUCAUGUUGUGUCUGCUCUUGUUAACAAGACUAUCUCGGAGACCAGGCUGCCAAGCUCUUACUUCCAAACUCUCAGCUCCCAAUUGGAAACCCAUGAUGCUCAUCUCGCCAAAUCUGUCACAGGUUACUGUGAAAAUCUCAUGAAGAUGUCUCUCAAACAGUUGGACAAGUCGCUGUUGGCGCUGAAAGAAUCUCCAAAAAAGAACAAGAACGACAUCCAGACCUGGCUAAGUGCAGCUUUGACCUUCCAGCAAGCCUGCAAAGAUUCUGCCGACAGUCUUGGUCUUCCGGCCGGUGAGGUCAACUCUCAGAUUUCGAGUAAAAUGGAUUAUCUCUCUCAAUUGGUCAGCAACCCUUUAGCUCUCGUCAACAGGAUUACUAGCAACAGUGUUAAGCUUAAAAACAACACGAGAACUCGACAUCUAGGCGAGGAAGUGGAAGAUUUUCCAAAGUGGGUAUCGGCGAGAGAUCGAAAACUCCUCCAAAGUGGCACAAUCAAGGCGAAUGCUGUGGUUGCAAAAGACGGAACAGGCAACUAUAAAACGAUUUCAGAAGCAAUCGAAGCGGCAAGUGGAGGUCGGUUUGUGAUUUAUGUGAAGUCAGGAGUUUACAAGGAGAAAAUUCGCACCAAUAAAGAUGGUAUUACUUUGAUCGGAGACGGUAAAUACUCCACCAUUAUUACUGGUGAUGACAGUGUUACCGGAGGUUCUUCUAUGCCUGCCUCUGCCACUUUCACAAUUACAGGCGAUGGAUUCAUAGCUCGUGACAUUGGAUUUCACAACACAGCAGGACCUCAAGGACAACAAGCGUUGGCUUUACACAUCGCCUCCGAUCAUUCGGUUCUAUACAGAUGCAGCAUCGCAGGCUACCAAGACACCUUAUAUGCACUUGCACUCCGGCAAUUCUACAGAGAAUGCGACAUUUAUGGCACAAUAGACUUCAUUUUCGGCAACGCAGCUGCUGUUUUCCAGAAUUGCUACUUGGUGCUUCGGCGGCCGAAAGGAGGAGCCUACAAUGUAAUUCUAGCCAAUGGAAGGACAGAUCCUGGACAGAACACCGGCUUUUCUAUUCAGAACUGUAGAAUCACAGCGAGCUCCGAUUUUUCUCCGGUUAAGCACAACUUCAACUCGUAUCUUGGAAGGCCCUGGCAGCCGUAUUCGAGAUCAGUCAUCAUGGAAUCUAAUAUCGAUGAUGCUAUUUCAUCAAGGGGCUGGAUCGAGUGGCCUGAUGCAAAGUCCUACGGAAAAACACUAUAUUUUGCAGAGUACUUGAAUACAGGCCCUGGAGCUGGAACCUCUAACAGAGUAACAUGGCCUGGAUUUCAUGUUGUUGGAGCUCAGGAGGCUGUCAAGUUUACUGUUGGUAAUUUUAUUGAUGGAGCUUCUUGGCUGCCUUCUACUGGAGUAACUUUUGUCUCUGGUCUCCAGUGACAAUACACGUAUACGCCUUAGAUGUACGAAAAAUUAUUUAAAAUAGUGAAUGAGCAUGUGCUCUAAGUUCAUAUUAAAAUGUUGCACUCAUGCAAAUUAGUGUGCAAUUUGUAACAAUUACAUUGAAAGAUAUAUAAGGAGCAACAUAGAAGGAGCUCAUAGAAUGUUUACCUAUUUUCAA